ACGUGGAAUUUUUUUUAUAAUUUAUUCAGCUGGAACGCCGAUCACUAUUCGGUGUGUUUGUUGAUCUUAAGUUUGCACACUUUGACAUUACAUUAAAUGACGUGAAAGUGAAAAUAUUACCGUAAUAUAAGUUGUACAGUUAGUUCAAUUGAUUAUCAAUCAUGACGGAUCGUCGACAAAUACGUGAAGCAACCCGUAUUGUUAUUUUAUGUGUUUUCUGGUAUCUCAUCUCAUCCAGCAACAAUGUAAUUGGGAAAUGGGUUUUAAACGAAUUCCCUUAUCCAAUGACAUUAACAAUGGUCCAGCUGCUCUCCAUUUCUCUUUAUUCUGGUCCUCUUCUUCAAUGCUGGAAUAUUCGCCCAGGCCUACAAAGCAGCUUUUCUAAAGAUUACUAUUGGAAAUUGAUCAUCCCUCUUGCAUUUGGAAAGUUCCUUUCAUCGGUCUUCUCCCAUAUUAGUAUAUGGAAGGUUCCUGUUUCAUUUGCCCACACAGUGAAAGCCUCAAUGCCACUAUUCACAGUGGUACUGUCCAGGGUCCUUAUGGGAGAAAAACAAACAUUACCUGUCUAUUUAUCUUUGAUUCCAAUCAUCAUGGGAGUGGCAAUAGCUACCGUUACUGAAAUAUCUUUCGAUGUAAUCGGAAUGUGGAGUGCUUUAGUUGCGACGUGCGGUUUCAGCUUGCAGAAUAUUUUUAGUAAAAAAGUCUUACACGACACUGGAGUCCAUCAUUUAAGACUCCUUCACAUGUUAGGCCAACUUGCUCUACUGAUGUUCACUCCAGUCUGGGCAAUUUUUGAUUUAUGGAAAAUCAUUCAACACACAAACAUCGAACCGGAGACUAAUAUGUUCAUGAUUUUCACCUACCUCUUUCUCGAUGGACUGUUAAAUUGGCUUCAGAACGUAGUGGCCUUCAGUUUACUUCACUUAGUUACCCCAUUGACUUACGCUGUGGCCAAUGCCUCCAAACGAAUCGCAGUGAUCAGUUUUUCGCUGUUCAUGUUGCGCAAUCCGGUGACCUCUACCAACGUGGCAGGAAUGGCACUUGCCAUUUUCGGUGUUCUCUACUACAAUAAAGCAAAAUAUGAUGCCAACUUACAAAAGAAGAAACUUACUGUUUUACCUCUCGUUGAUCAUAGCAAUGGAGGAGUUGUUGGUCACAAGUUUGCCCUGAAUCGCUUCCAGCACAUAUAAUGUACACAGUUUAAAUACAAAAAAAAAUAUCCCUA